CACUCUGUAAGCGACCUUGCUUUUCAGAAAGCAGGUAUUUCCGGGUCCAAAAAUCCGUUCAUGCAUUUAAUAUGCCAGUGCAUAUACCAGUAUUUUAGUAGAAGUGUGUUGUGGAGUCACACAUUUGGGAAGUUUACUGUCGAAUAUACUUGUGUUAUAAUUCAAAAAUUCCGAACAAAGAUGUCAAGUGGAUAUAAGUACGAAGGAGUUCCAUACAGUGCGGGGUACGAUCAAUUUCCCGUAGACCCAACAAAGCAGCCUUCGGGUUCUAGUUACCCGAUGUCGAGAACCUCAGCCAAUAUUAUUGUGAAUAGUGCCUCUACACCUAGAGAUGUUGCUGCAGAAAGAGAAAGCGAUUGGCUGGUGCCCGCCAUUUUUGCCUGUCUCUGCUGUUUCUGGCCCGUUGGCGUCUGUGCAAUAAAUGCAGCUGUUAAUGCAAGAUCCCGUUACGACGAGGGAGACUAUGAAAAUGGAAGAUCCUAUUCAAGAUCGGCGAAACAGUUGACCUUGAUUUCACUUGUACUCGGCAUCUUAAGUAUUACUGCCUUUAUUCUCUACCACACUGUCGAUUGGAAUUAAGUCAUGAACGGACAAACAGGACCAACCACACGAAACCCUUAGUCUUAGAAGUGACCUAAAGUGUUAACUUUGCUUUACAUUCGUUGAAACCAUUAACACAUUAGUAUUUUCACUGUAUACUAGUUUUAAAUGAUUUAAAUAGACAAAUUAACAUUUGAUUAUAUAAAUCAACCUGCUUUCUUUCACUUGGUCAUUAAAUCAUGUAAUUGUUUGAACCAAAAAAAGUUAUCCUGUCUCUAAGAAAUCCUAUCUGACCAACUGGGGUUCUUUUUUCUAGAUAUUUAAAAUGACUUGCAAUUGUCUUCAAGAUACUAACAUCAGUCAGCCUAUUUUGUUCAUCAUUUUUUUAACUAGUAAAAUGUAUUUAAUA